GUGUGAACGCAGGGUUAGUCUCACUCUCUGCUGACAGCAGUCACUGCUUCCUGCACUGGGGUAUAGAACAGUGUGAGAAAUAUGUGGUCACAUCAUUAAGGGCUUGGCUUUAAAAAACAUGCUAAAAUGAAAAUGAAACAGUUGUGAGGAGGAAACGACGGCAGAACGCUAUAGAUUUUCUAAUAUCAGCUUUUUAAGCCGUGAAACUUACCGGACUGACUGAAGAUGUCUAAUGAAGGAAACGGACAGAAGAAGACUUAUGUGUCCAGCAUUAACCUGGAGCUAAAGUCAUCAGCUGGACCACACACUGCAACAGACAAGUCGAGGGGGAUGCAGAACGGGAUGCCCACAGUUUUACCACGGCAGGACAAAGACAACAAGAAAGAUCAGGAUAAAGGAAAAGAUAAAACCCAGACUACAACUGAACCAGAUUCAAAACAUGUGGAUAAACAUUCAGUUCCUGAAACCCAGACUGAGCAGCUUCAGAAGAGGACAGAUAACAGAGAAAAAGAAAUAAGAACAGCCACUCCUAAGAGAAGAGCGUAUGAUAGCACAGGCCCCCUGGUAGAGUUCCUGGAUCCCGUGGAGAAGGUGCAGGUCCAUGUGGGGGAAUGCGCUCGACUGCACUGCUCUUUUAAAAGUUUAGGGCCUACAGCUUCCUGUUGGAUCCACAACAGAAAAAAGGUUGUGGUGGAUGGAGAACAUACCAGAAUAGAGAGCAGCAGUAACAGCAGCAGCUUGACCAUCUCCGAAGUACUUCCUGCAAAUACAGGAAGUUACUCGUUGUUUGUGCGAAAUCGACGUGGCACAGCUCAGCACACAAUCAUUCUCAGCAUCAGAGAUCGUCCUGAUCGUCCGGCCUCAUGUCCAUUCGUGUCCCAGUUGACCCCUAGUUCUUUAGUGCUUUCCUGGCGUGGGCCGAGUUACGAUGGAGGCUCAGCUGUCACAAACUAUGCGGUUGAAAUGCAAAACCUUGGCCUGAAGGACUCAGAAGACUGGACAGUGCUCACCACCAAGUGUAAGGACACCACAUACCGGGUCACUUCAGGUCUUCACCCACAGGGUGAGUACCGGUUCCGUGUGCGGGCCUGUAACGAUAUAGGGACCAGCGACCCCAGCGAAGAGUCGGACUGCAUCAAGAUGAAAACUGCAGGAGAUCCACAAGAGGAGAUUGUUGAGCCUGUGUCAUAUGUGGUGGAUGCUGUCACUGACACCACACACACGGUCAAAGAUCACUACAACGUUCAUGAAAAAUUAGGCGUAGGGAAGUUUGGGCAGGUGUUCAGACUGACCCAUAAAGACACUGGAAAAGUGUGUGCUGGGAAGUUCUACCGUGCCAUCCUGUCCAAAGACAAAGAAGCAGCACGGAAAGAGAUCGAGCUGCUAAAGCAGUUACACCACCCUAAACUGGUGCAGUGUCUGGGGGCUUACGACAGCCGCUCCGAGAUUGCACUGAUUAUGGAAUAUGUUGCUGGUGGUGAGCUGUUCGAGCGCAUCGUGGAUGAAAACUUUGAGCAUACGGAGCCCAACAGCAUGCAGUACAUGCGGCAGAUUCUGGAAGGGGUUCAGUACGUUCAUCGCAAAAACAUCGUCCACCUUGAUCUCAAACCAGAGAACAUAGUCUGCAUCAACUCAACAGGCACUCUUAUCAAGAUCAUUGACUUUGGGCUGGCCAGAAAACUGGAACCAGGAAAGCCUCUUAAGGUGAUGCAUGGGACACCAGAGUUUGUGGCUCCAGAAGUGAUCAAUUACGAGGCUGUGGAUCUGGCAACCGACAUGUGGAGUAUUGGGGUAAUCUGCUACAUCCUACUAAGUGGGGAGUCACCGUUUCAGGGCAAUAAUGAUACAGAGACUCUGGCGCUCGUCACUGAUGCAUCCUGGGAGUUUGUUCCAGAGUUUGAUGACAUCACAGAAGAAGCGAAAGACUUUAUUAAAAAGUUGCUGAAAAAGGAGAAAAGAGCCAGGAUGUCCUGUGAGCAGGCUUUGGCUCAUGCAUGGAUGGCAUCAUCUGCUUCCACUAGACAUGUCACAAAAAGUCUGAACAAGGACAAGAUAAAGCGUUUCCUGGCCAGGCAGAGAUGGCAGAAAACGGGUAAAGCUGUGCUGGCACUGAAGAGGAUGGCUCAUCUCUCACACAGAUCAGACGCUUCGGAGUGUCCUACCAGCUCUGUGAACGACACAGCUCUGGGAAAAGAGGCGGAGUUGGCUGUUGCAUCUCUGGAGCAGCAGCUGAAGAGUCAGCCCAGUUUCCCCCAGACUCUACAUGACCUUACAGAGCCCUGUGGGGCCACUGUAUAUAUGGCCUGCACUAUAGAAGGUUACCCUGACCCGGAGGUAGUGUGGCUGCUAGACGACGAGCCAGUGGAAGAAACUGAGCGAGUUCAGAUACAGUACAAGGAGGAUGGCCUGUGCACCCUCACACUGGCUCACAUCCAGCCCGAGGACUCUGGAAUAUACGAGUGUCGUGCUUCCAACUACCUGGGGCAGGCUCUGUGUUCCGCCAGACUCAGUGUGGCCAGGUAGAUUAGACUGGAGGACAGAUGGAAUGUUUCUGAAGCAGUGGUGUAUCAAUUAAAAUAAAGUAUGAUGCUCCCUCUUUUUACACAGAACUUUGUAGACAGAUUUUUCAUAUCAUACUGAUUUAAACUAAAUCAGUCUCUAAACUAAAGUGAACAUUUCAGAUUUUGUGUUUAUGUAAGAUUAUUACUA